AUGGCUUUUCGAAAUACCUUAAACCUUCUCUUUAGUCAGAAUAGGACUAUCCCCAACUACAACUGUGGCGCCUGGAAGAACCUAAUAGCUGUCAUUGGAGGCUUGGACUCUGAAACCUCUCUUCACAUGGCCACUUUCUUAGGCAUUUACAAGUUUCCACAGGUCACAUAUUGCUUAUUUGCUCCUGCAAUGAGUGAGGUAACCCAACAUUCUCCUUUAUACAGAGUUGUCCCCAGUGAAGAGCAUCACUACACUGGGAUUGUCCAGCUUCUUCUGCAUUUCCACUGGAAGUGGGUUGGUAUUGUCGCAAUGAAUGAUGAUAAAGGAGAAAGGUUUGUGCAGACUUUGGCACACAAGUUUUCCCAGAAUGACAUCUGUAUAGCCUUCACGGAAAGAAUACCAACCUACAGAAGCAUAUACGAAGUAUAUGGAAUGCUAGAACUAUUUCAGAAUAUGACCAUUUUCUUAACUGAGACGAAUGUCAACAUAUGUAUCAUAAAUGCAGACUCUCAAAGCAUGAGCGCUUUGCAGAUAAUACUGAUUCAGUUUGAUCCAGAUUCCAUGAGACCUAUAGGCAAGGUGUGGGUUAUGACGGCCCAGUUUGAUUUUUCAUCAGAGAUACAUCAUAGAAAUCUAGACAUACAAGUCUUUGAUGGUGCUUUAUCAUUUGCACUUCAUCUCACUGAAGUUCAAGGAUUCCAGAAGUUCCUUCAGAGACUGAAUCCCCAUACAGAGGAAGAUGGUUUUAUCCGGACCUUCUGGCAGCAGGCCUUUGACUGUGUAUUACCAGAUAUUAAUGUAGGCAAUGAGACCAUGAAUACCUGUACUGGGGAAGAGAAGCUGGAGAGCCUUCCUGGGCCUUUUUUUGAAAUGAACAUGACAGGACAAAGCUACAGUGUCUACAGUGCUGUCUAUGCUGUGGCCCAUGCAUUACAUGGCAUGUCUUCAUCCAGAACCAAAUAUGCAAUCAUGGUAGAUGGAAGCAAGCUGGAGAAUCCAAAGCCACAGCCAUUCCAGCUUUAUCCUUUGACAGUUUCUCGGUUGUACCUCUCUAGUGGUCUGGUUCCUAUCCUUUUUAGUAUUGAAACCCACAAGUCCAAACAUGCUUGGUAUGAUGACCCACUUAAGGAAAAAAAACAACAGGUACAUACACAAAUCAAAGAAUUGCAAAAGCCUGGGAUCCACUUUGGGGAUGGGACCCAUAGAUUAGGAAACACCGGCUUAGUGAAUUCGGCAGAUAUGGAUGACUGUUUCAAAUGCCCAGAAGAUAAGUAUCCAACUAAAGACCAAAAUGGAUGCCUUCCAAAGAAUCUCCAUUUCUUAUCUUAUGAUGAACUUCUCGGGAUCAGUCUGGCUGUUUUCGCUCUGUCUCUGUCUCUGACCACGGCUGUGGUGCUUGGAAUCUUCAUUAAGCAUCGGAACACUCCCAUCGUCAAAGCCAACAACAGAGAACUCUCCUAUGUUCUGCUCGUCUCCCUUCUGCUCUGUUUCCUCUGCUCCUUGCUGUUCAUUGGCCGACCUCACUUUCUCACCUGCCUUCUACGCCAGACAGCUUUUGGUGUCCUCUUCACACUAGCCAUUUCUUCUGUGCUCAUGAAAACCAUCAUUGUGGUCUUGGCUUUCAUGGCCUCUAAACCGGGAUCCAGGAUGAAGAAAUGGUUGGGGAAAUGCUUUGCAAACUCUGUUAUUGCUUUUUGUUCAUUCGGUCAAAUGUGUCUUUGCCUGGCUUGCCUCUGCAAUGACCCUCCAUUCCCAGAUGUUGACAUGAACUCUUUGGCUGAAGAAAUCAUAGUGGAAUGCAAUGAAGGAUCUGCCAAGAUGCUUUACUAUAUUCUGGGCUACAUGGGGUUUCUCUCACUUACCAGCUUCUUUGUAGCCUUCUUUGCUCGGAAGCUGCCUGACUCUUUCAAUGAAGCCAAGUUUAUCACUUUCAGCAUGCUGGUGUUUUGCAGUGUGUGGGUGUCUUUUGUUCCAAUGUAUGUAAGUACCAAAGGGAAAUAUAUGAUAACUGUAGAGAUCUUCUCCAUCUUGGCCUCUGGGUUUGGUUUACUGGGCUGUAUUUUUUCACCCAAAUGUUAUAUAAUUGUCUUGAGGCCUGAAUUAAACAGUAAAGAGUGUUUAAUAAGAAGAAAUAAGUAA